UUUAGAAUCUUGUAACUCAUUUACUAACUCAGUUACUUUUUUGAAGAAGUAACUAAUAACUAUAAUUAAUUACUUUUUCAAAGUAACUUGCCCAAAACUGGUCAUAACUUUAUAGUUUUAAUCAUUAACCCAAAUUAUCGUAAUCAUGUAAAAUCCACAAACUUCAUACUCUUAGAAUAAGCUUAAACUGUCAGUGGUUUCCCCUGCAAUUUAUGGGCCUCAUUACAAUCAGUAUUAGUUAUUCUGUUGACUGACAAGAGGAACAGAAAAAUAUGUCCAUGAGAACAGCUUUAGUUUAAAUCCGACUGUAUUGACAUGCAGUAUAAAAGAGUGUAGGAGAGAAUCAAACAGCUAACAAAGCUAGCUGAGUUCAGUUUAGUCUAACUGCACUGAAGCACAUUAAGCAACAUGAACACACACACAGGACUUUUCUAUUGGUUAUAAAUUGUCCAUGAAAGUUUCCACAGUUCAUGAAUGUCCAUUAAUAUAUAAUAUUUCCCAGAGCUCUAACCUCCCCAGCUCAUUAGUGUUGAUGAAAUCAAAGGAACUGCGAGGAACUGCAGUUUGGUCGAAUCUGGAUCUUUUUCAUUAACAGUAAAUGGUUUUGGUGAUAAAGAAAUGUGUUCACAGAGAGAGGAAGAGGAGUGGUGUUUGUGAGGAGGAGCAGCUGUCCUGCUGUGCUUUGUGUCAGGUCGUCCUGAAGGAUCCAGUCUCUACCAGCUGUGGACACUGGUUCUGCAGACAGUGCAUCUCCUCAUACUGGGACCAGUCUGCUUCAUCAGGAGACUCCGCCUGUCCCCAGUGUGGAGAAAGAUCCAGAACCAAAGCUGGACUGCAGACAGCCAGUCAGAGCAGCUGUGUACAAAAUGUUGGUCUGCAGGAGGUUUUACAUGAACAUAAGAUCAGUCUGAGGAGGAGAUGUGAACGUGUGACUGAAGGAAGUGAUGAAACAGGAAGUAGAACCCUCCUCAACAGGAUCUACACUGAGCUCUACAUCACAGAGGGACAGAGUGAAGAGGUUCAUACCCAACAUGAGGUGAGGCAGCUGGAGACAGCUUCCAAGAUGGACGCCCUCCAUGACACUCCAAUCAGGUGCCAGGACAUCUUUAAAGUCUUACCUGACCAACAGAGACCCAUCAGAGUGGUUCUGACCAACGGCGUGGCUGGUGUUGGAAAAACCUUCUCAGUGCAGAAGUUCACUCUGGACUGGGCAGAGGGCUUGGAGAACCAACAUGUCAGUGUGGUGGUUCUGCUUUCAUUCAGGGAGCUGAACCUGAUCAGAGAUGAGCAGUACAGUCUUCUGGAGCUGAUCCAUGUUUUCCAUCCAACAUUACAGAAGGUCACAGCAGAGAAGCUGGCUGUCUCUCAACUUUUGUUCAUCUUUGACGGCCUGGAUGAAAGCAGACUUUCAUUGGAUUUCACCAACAGGAAGCUGGUGUCUGAUGUCACACAGAAGUCAUCAGUCAGUGAGCUGCUGACAAACCUCAUCCAGGGGGAUCUGCUUCCCUCGGCUCUCGUCUGGAUAACUUCCCGACCUGCAGCAGCCAAUCAGAUCCCUCCUACAUGUGUUGACAGGGUAACAGAAGUGCGAGGCUUCACUGAUGCCCAGAAGGAGGAGUACUUCAGGAGGAGAUUCAGUGAUGAAGAGCUGUCCAGCAGAAUCAUCUCCCACAUGAAGACAUCCAGGAGCCUCCACAUCAUGUGUAGUAUCCCAGUCUUCUGCUGGAUCACUGCUACAGUUCUGGAGCACAUGUUGACUACAGAGCAGAGAGGAGAGCUGCCCAAGACCCUGACUGACAUGUACUCACACUUCCUGCUGGUUCAGACAAAGAGGAAGAAGAACAAGUACCAUGAGGGACAUGAGACGAGUCCACAGGAGCUGACGGAGGCUGACAGGGAAGUUCUUCUGAAGCUGGGGAGGCUGGCGUUUGAACAUCUGGAGAAAGGAAACAUCAUGUUCUACCAAGAAGACCUGGAGCAGUGUGGUCUGGAUGUCACGGAGGCCUCGGUGUACUCAGGAGUUUGUACAGAGAUCUUCAAAAGAGAGUGUGUGAUCUUCCAGAAACCAGUCUACUGCUUUGUUCAUCUGAGUGUUCAGGAGUUUCUGGCUGCAGUCUACAUGUUCCACUGUCACAGGAACAGGAAGACAAAAGUGCUUAAGCAUUUUCUGGAAAAUAACCUUCUUGAUCCUUACUAUUACAAUUCAUUUUCAGAUGAUUUCUUGAUGAGAACCAUAAAGAAAUCCCUCCAAAGUCAAAACGGCCAUCUGGACCUGUUUGUUCGCUUCCUUCAUGGCCUCUGUCUGGAGUCCAACCAGAGACUCUUAGGAGGUCUGCUGGGUCAGACAGAGAUCAGUCCAGAAACCACCCAGAGAAUCAUAAACAACCUGAAGGAGAUGAACAGUGAUGAAAUCUCCCCUGACAGAAGCAUCAACAUCUUCCACUGUCUGAUGGAGAUGAACCACCUCUCAUUAUUUCAGGAGAUCCAAGAGUUUCUGAAGUCAGAGAACAGAUCAGAGGAACUCUCUGAGAUCCAGUGCUCAGCUCUGGCCUUCAUGCUGCAGAUGUCAGAGGAGGUUUUGGAUGAGUUGGACAUGAUGAAGUACAACACAUCAGAGCGGGGACGACAAAGACUGAUUCCAGCUGUGAGGAACUGCAGAAAGGCUCGACUGACUCAGUGUGAUCUCUCAGAGACUUACUGUGAAGUUGUGGCCUCAGCUCUGAAAUCCAACCCCUCCCAUCUGACAGAGCUGGACAUGAGUGGAAACAACCUGCAGGAUUCAGCAGUGAAGCUUCUGUGUGCUGGACUGGAGAGUCCAAACUUUCGACUGGAGACUCUGAGAUUCAGGAGCUGUGGUUUGUCAGAGAUCAGCUGUGAUUAUCUGGCAUCAGCGCUGAAGUCCAACCCCUCGUAUCCCAAAGUACUGGACCUGAGUGGAGACUACAACAAGCUGCAGGAUUCAGGAGUGAAGCAGCUGUGUGUUCUUCUGGAGAAUCCGCGAUGUCGAUUUGAAACUCUGAGAUUGAGGAGCUGUGGUUUGUCAGAGAUCAGCUGUGAUUAUCUGGCAGCAGCGCUGAAGUCCAACCCCUCCCAUCUGAGAGAGCUGGACCUGAGUGACAACAACAAGCUGCAGGAUUCAGGAGUGAAGCAGCUGUGUGGUUUUCUGGAGAGUCCAGGAUGUGGACUUGAAACUCUGGGACUGAGUGGCUGUAACCUCUCAGAGAGAAGCUGUGAUGCUCUGUCCCCAGUUCUCAACUCUCAGUCCUCUUGUCUGAAAGAUCUGGACCUGAGUAACAAUGACCUGCAGGAUUCAGGAGUGAAGUUUCUGUCUGCUGCACUGCAGAGUCCACAUUGUAGACUUGAAACUCUCAGUUUGGUGAGCUGUGGUUUAUCAGAGAUCAGCUGUGAUUACCUGUCAGCAGCGCUUAAGUCCAACCCCUCCCGUAUGAGACAGCUGGACCUGAGCAGAAACUACCUGCAGGAUUCAGGAGUGAAGCAUCUGUGUGGUUUUCUGGACAGUCCAGCAUGUGGACUUGAAACUCUGAGGAGGAGGAAAACCAUCAGACUGAAGUCCAAUAGUCCUCUUCCCCGGACAUUUGAAAGCUUUAGUGUUUCUAAUCAGUGUAAACUGUAG